CGCGGCCCGCCGAGGACCCCAUUAACUACGGUGCACACACAACAAGAAACAUACACACAUUCCGGAAUUAAUAUUUUUUCGUUUCUUCGCAUCCGACUAGACACAACAAGAUGAACAAGGCAGUGGUUUUAGUUUUGAUUGUGGCGCUCGUCGUCGCUUUCGCCACCCACGUCCACAGCAUGCCUCGCAGAAUUAAGCGAGUGUCCGACCAAAGGUUGGCCGAGUUGGAGACGCUGAUCGCCCUGUCCAAAAUGAGAGGCAAACUCGUCACGGUCCCCAUCGGCUUCGGCAGGAUAGACCCAGCCAAAAUAGGUCGCAGGAGGCGGUCGUUGCGGAAACGGCGGCAGUACCUGGAGGACCUGGAGGUGGAGCGGUUGUUGCUGGAGGAGGAAAGUGCGUCGGCAGAGAAGCGGCCGUCGGCCGCCGACACCCUGCUUUUGCGCGACUACCUGCUCAACUGGUCCAAACACGACUCGGACCAAUGAAUCAAUAAUUUAUUAUAUAUACCAGAAAGAGACGGACCAUUACUUAAUGGCUGCAACAACAAUGGUAUUCGUUGAGAGACAGACCUGCGAAAAUGAUUUCUGUGAUAUAGUUUGCCAAUUUCCGCCCAGAGUAUUAUUUGCAAGUCACAGAAAGAAUUCUCGUUUAUUCCUCAUCAGUAGCCGAAGAAGAAAAACGACGACUGCUUUGUGGAGAGCGAGCGAGGAGAAUUCAAGAGAGAAGAGUUACACUUAUCCUUUAGGAAUCACUCGGAGUUCCUAAAUUUGUUAACUCAAUCGUCCCUGAUGCGUUCUAGUCAUUUUUGAUACACACUUUGUUCUACGCGCUAAUUUAUGCACAAAAGGGGCUCGGCGUUUACACACGUCAGCCUCACUUUCUGACGCACUCUAUUUUUGUGCGUUCACUACUCUUUAUAUUGAUUUAAAUUAUGUGAAAUAAAAUGAAUGAAUGUUCAAAACAAACACGUGGUUUCUAUCU